GCCGUCAAGGUUUUGUCGGUAUGCGUGUGCGAUGUGGAUGUGGGUAAGGAACGAUGCUCCAACACGAGGAGCCCUGCAGGGAAAGGCAAAAGGUGAGUUGUCCGGGUGACGCAUGCGCUGCUUUGUAAAGGCAUCAAAGUAGGCUAGAGUGGGCGAGAAUGUCCCGAAGGAAGAAGCGAGAGAGCAGCUACUCGUCGGGUGAGCUGAGUCGACUGUAUCGCUAUUUGCGGGAAGAUGCCAGACAAGGACGAUCUGGAGCGCGAGCACCGUAGCCAGACGAUUGCUGACCGUCGUCGGGCUAGUAGUGCGGUGUACCAUUUUCGUAGCAGCUGCCGUGUGCGUUCUGCGGAGUCCGUUGCUGGCAGUUCAGUUGGAUGCAAGCAGACCAUCGGUGGCGCUACUAAGCGGACCAUCCUUUCCAUCCGGGGUGGGUCGCCAUUGCCUGGGCGCAGUCUGUGGUGAGCUCCCGGGGUCCUUCCCGGACCCGGUGGACCUUCGGGUAGGGUCGACGGCGGUGGUGGCGGUAGUGGUGGGUACGGUGCGUCCAUCAGGGGUAAUGUAGUGUUUGCGUGCGUGCGUCCGUGUGCGAGUGUGUCGUCGGUGUACGGUGGGCCAUUGACCGGGCUGGUGUUUCCGGGGUGCAGUGUUAGGGCACCGUUCUCGAGUACAACCCACAAACCAAUGAUGCUGUGUGCCGAGGGUGAUGCAAGCCAAACGGAUGGAUAUCAAUGCAGUUGUAGCAUUUCGACAGUGCAUUCGUCCCAGUGCUAGGUCAGUGUGCGUUCCGUGUGUAGGUGUGUGAGGUGUGGUGUGGGCUUUUGGCUAGGAAAACAACCACGCUGCAGAAUAUCACGAGGUGUCAAGUUAUUCUGUAAGGCACUACGAUCAUCCUCGAAAAAGAUCUCGAAAAAAGCUGCCUAGAAUAUCUGGCUCCGGACAGAUUGGCUGCCGGAUUUCCACCAAGAUCAUGAUUCGGGACAGCAUUACAGACUAAAACCACUACACGACCGUGCAGCUCGUUAUCGGCUUCUUUGUUAUCAGGCCGUCAGCACAUUAGCAGCUUGCCAAAGCCUGCAUUACAGCGGGAAAACCACGGCAUAGGCCGAUAAUCAGCACCUGAGAGCACACAGAGCCCUCCAGGAGUUUCCCAGAGCAACCAGACACGGCCACACAAACGCACGAUGCCAGGCUUCGCAGAUAUCAAGGACCGGGCGUCCAACGUUUUCGGUGGUGGGUUCGAGAAGUUCGAAAUGCCCAAACAUGGCUACGACCAGAUGGAUGGGGCCGCGGUCGGUGGCGCCUACCAGGCCGAUACUGGCGGCAACGACUCACCGAUGUCGUUCGAGGAGAUUGAGCGACCACCGUUGCGCCACGUCGACAAGUACGUCCGGGCGGAGUGUCCCUGCAUCAAGACGACCCGCUACACGAUCUCGCUGAUGACCUGUCUGGGCUUUAUCAUAUCGUUCGGCAUGCGCUGCAACAUGGGUAUGGCCAAGCUGCAGUUCGAGAACGGGUCGGUGAAAUACAACUGGACCGUCGCGAUGGAAAGUGCAGUCGAUUCGUCAUUCUUCUGGGGCUACCUAGUAACGCAAGUGCCGGGCGGUUUCCUCGCGUCAAUGUUUCCAGCAAACCGCAUCUUCGGUACGGCCAUCGCUAUCUCGGCCUUCCUGAACCUGCUCGUCCCGGGCGCCAUGAUGCUACAUCCAACAGUCGUAAUUCUGGUUCGAGUGCUCCAGGGCCUGGUGGAGGUGAGUGACUCGGAGUGUUUGCACCUUCGAAACUUUCCAGACUUUACAGAAGCCGUAUGCGUUUUCCUCCCCCAGGGUGUAACGUAUCCCGCCUGCCACGGUAUCUGGCGCUUCUGGGCCCCUCCGCUCGAGCGCUCCCGGCUAGCGACGAUGGCAUUCAGCGGCUCGUACGCCGGCGUCGUGAUAGGCAUGCCCAUGUCCGGCAUUCUGACCGGCUCGAUCAGCUGGCACGCACCGUUCUACUUUUACGGCGUGAUGGGCCUGAUCUGGUACUGCUUCUGGCUGUGGCUGUCGUUCGAGAAGCCGCGCCAACAUCCAACCAUCUCCGUGAAGGAGCUAAAGUACAUCGAAAAGUCGCUCGGCGAGUCGGUGCAGCUGCCGAUGCCGACCAUCGCGACGACCCCGUGGCGUCACUUCCUCACCUCGAUGCCCGUGUACGCGAUCAUCGUGGCAAACUUUUGCCGAUCGUGGAACUUCUACCUGUUGGUGCUGUACCAGAGUGCCUAUCUGAAGCACUCGUUCGACUUCCGGAUUGAAGAGACUGGUAUACUUGGAGCACUGCCACAUCUGCUGAUGACGAUCAUCGUACCCUUCGGAGGCAUGCUGGCGGAUCACAUCCGAAAGUCGGGACUGCUGUCGACUACCAACGUGCGCAAGCUGUUCAACUGCGGUGGAUUCGGACUGGAGGGUCUCUUUUUCCUGGUCGUAGCACAUGCCACUAGUUCUAUGGGUGCAGUGACGGCGCUAACGCUCGGUGUUGCCUUCAGCGGGUUCGCCAUAUCCGGUUACAACGUCAAUCAUCUGGACAUUGCGCCACGCUACGCCAGUAUUCUGAUGGGCAUGUCCAACGGCAUAGGCACGAUAGCGGGUCUGAUCUGUCCAAUCGCGAUAGACCACCUGACGCGGGGGCAGCCCAAAUCAUGUUGGUCUACAGUGUUCACGAUAGCGGCGACGGUCCACUUGGUGGGCAUCACGUUUUACGGCAUUUUCGCAUCGGGCGAACUGCAACCGUGGGCUGAACCGACCGUCGAAGAGCAACGAGCCUGGGAUCCGGUUGGUUCCGGGUACGAGAAGGAAACCACUUUCAACGAGGCCGGGGACGGUGGAUCAGCUUCCCCGUCGGGGGGAAUGAUGGACCCGUCGGCACAGAUCAACGCCACCAAGACGGUGUCGUACGGUGCGGUCCAGCAGCACGUCGCCAACAAUCCGUUCGCCUAUCCGACUGCAAUCAGUGAGGAAACGGUACAGCCGGAAGCGAGGGACACCUACUUACACGGCAACCCGACCGAGCGUACGUAUUGACCUGUGCGCGCUAAGAAAACCGUAACAUUUAGUAUGAACUAGAGAGGGCAUGCAGCGAAACUAUGAUUAAAAGCUGUGCUGUUUUUGUUUGUUCCAUGCAUUUGUUUGGCAGAAAAGUGCAAUAGUAAUCGUAUAUUGUAACAAUGUUCAGCUCGAUGGAAGAGGGUGGACAGGCGACACGCGAGCCAUGAGCAAACUGAAAUACAAACAAGUAAAAUUAACCCUGCUUAAGCAAUUACAACACUAGAUAGUAAUUAACAAAUACCAAAACAAAAACAUACACAAACAAGUAGCAAAGAGGCACAUUGUAUUUACAACGUCGAAGGGUGUACAUACACUAACAGAAGAAAAAAAAACACUGACAUAAGUAUUUAAAAGAUAUAUGCGUACAUGCCAUAAUAAUACAAUAUACAUAUACUGUAAUUAAUAACUACUGCCGCAAAGGACUAACUAACGAUGCAACCAGAGAAUAACAACUGUUAAGACAACGCACUGAGUAAGAGAAGCGGGAGAGUGGGAGAGUGGGAGAGUUUAAGUCAUCACUUAUUGGGAUGGUCUGUAUCUGUAAAUCUGAGAUGAAAUGAUUAAACAAGCCUAAUCGCUAAUCUACCCAGCAUAGUACGUUGGCCUCUACCCAAUUGGGCGCACAGUACAUUGGGUGGAAGAGUAUGUUAACCUCUUUUAAAAUCAACAAAAAACUGUCAAUUGCUAACGAGUGUCUCGAACACCCAGUUCAGUGGACGUACAGUACCCGACGAACCAAAUUCUCAAGCAAAAUGGAAGGAUAGUUCAAAGGUGAACGUACUCCGCUAAUGAGUUUUCCAGCAUUCCUCAACUAAUUGCACAUGUUUGGCGCUCUGUGCGUGUGCGCGGAUGAGCGUUGUAAUUACAUAAUUUCCUGAUUUUAGUUCCAGCUAGGUAAGGAGGAGCGGAGUUAAAUUUGAGGUGUCAACUCACUCUCAAAGGCUGUGGCGACAAUAAUAAAACGGAAGGGCGGGCUGAAUUAAAAAAAAAACCAAACCGGCUUCGACACCCGACCGAAACGUAGGUUAAGAGAUGAGGCUUAGCUGAGCGCUAAGUACAGUGAGUUUAGUUUACGUUAAUUGUAUAUUUUUAGCCAGUGUAUGUAUGUGUGCGAGGGAGAGGGGCAGCUGCAAUAAGCGCAUAAGCUUGGCUUAUGUAAUAAUUGUACAUUGGGUUUUGAUUUUUAAGCGUAUAAGCUUCAAUACGUUCGAUGCUGAGGCCUGGGGCGGGAGAUGGCACACUGCACCGUACUGCGAAUGUGACAAAGAAACAAUAAUAAACAACGCUAGCUGGUAAGGUUCGUUCAUAAGGACAUAAAACAGGAGGAGGGGCAGAAAAGAAACAAACAAAUCUAGUACUAUAAAUCGUUCAGUGAUAUAGUGUAUUAAACAGCUCAUCAACAAAAGUUUAAAUCGUUGCAAAUACGAAGUGAAACCAAAACUAGUAGACGACGAGGGCACGGUGAGAGCUUCGGUCAAAGCAGAAGCACACACACACCGAUCGCGGGCAAACGAACGACAGUGGAGGCUCUCUUGUGCACUUAACUAAUCUGGCAAAAUCAAAGUUUGAGACAGUGGGGAAUUGGAAUUCGGAAAAAACACAACACAACCCGUCUCACAUAGCGAUCCUUUGCCGCGAUCGCGGUGCAGACUGCGUGGCUUAUACUCUACGGCGUCGUGCUUAUACGUUUAACCGAUCGCACACCGUUUAACUAGGUAUGCACAUACCGACCAAUGCAGGCGAGGUGGUCAAGGUGGUCAAGAAUCAUCCAUACAAACGGGUAUUAUAAUGCUAGCUGGGAAUGGUAAAUAAGUGUUAGUGGUAACGCACAGGUAUGAUUUCGAUCGACACACUCAAACACACAUAGGAAAAAGAAGAAGAAAAAACAAAAUAAUACCAAAAAAAAAACAAAAACACUUUGCACAAAAUGUCUCUUACGGAAACGUGACCCCUAUACGCGAUCAAUUGAAAUUUUAGUGACAGUAGGUAGACCUUAGUUCCUCUUUCCUCGUUCUGUAGAACCCCCCCGCACAGGGGCUCUCGAUCUAUAAACCCUCCUGACACGAUCGAGCUGUAAUCUAUCUCAAAUUCCACCUUCCACCACUACUAUCAUACUAUCAUGGUUUGUUCUUCCAGUGUUAAGAGAGGCAAUGCAAUUAUUGCCACUGUACAUGACCUCAGUUGUUCCUCCCCCUGGGGGCGUGCUAUUUGAUCAUCUAAACGUUGUAAAAUAUGGAGAAAAGAAAAUCAAUCAGUCCCAAAAACAAGCGAACACGAUCAUGUAGAAACCCUACACGGCGACCAUAACGCAGAGAGGGCUUAACACUUGGCUCCCUUGGUGGAACGGUUGAACGCCACACUUGAACACAAUGUACACAAAAACACGCAAAACAAGUACGCAUAGUUUAUCAGGAUGACAAUCAGCAGUUGUUUCAUCCUCCCUUUCUGGUAGUGUAUCCUUCCCUUUGGAGCGUAGCGCGAGUCGGCAGUAGCGUGGAAGAGGACGUCGGGGAGUGCCGGUGCAGAAGACUCGCAGGAGCGCGUUGGUAGGCGCGUCCGUUAAGCUAAGAUUAAAGAGAGAUAUUGAGGUGAGGUGUGUAAAGAGAUAUGCAAAACCAAACUAUUCACUGACACUGUUGAGACUCUAUACAUAUAUAUCUAUUAUGAAUGUACGGUUCCGUUCCGAUCCGUUCUGUUGAUCCGCGUUUCUUUACUGUUUACCAAUCACGGAUGUCGUUCUAGCUGUUGUUGUUAAUUCAAAUAUAUAUAAAUGAAUGUAUCGGGGCCCUCAGGCACUACAAGCCAGCGGGGAUCCAACGUAUUUAAAAAAACACGACAGGUAGAUGGAACACGGUUCCGGUCGCAAAAGGGCUGUAACAGCCGCACGGCCAACCCAUUCCUGUACUGCCGGUCGAAAAAUCCAACUGGUAAUCGACACAUUACCGCACAACAAUACAAGAAUAUUACGCAAAACAUCAUCGCAAAACCCAAACCCGAGCUGCCCGCGUGGCGUGGCUCGGUUAGUUGUAAUUUCGUUGUUUCCGGAGUAGCAGCAUAGCAGCCUGUAGUGUAGCAGUAGUGUAUUAACAUUAUACUAAUGAUCGGGUCGGCCGGUAUCCUUUGCUAAACAGCGAGGAACGGGCCAGCCUAGCUGUAAACGUUGAAUAGUAAAUAUCUUGCGAGGCUUGCUAGAAAAGCCAAAAACACAUUGUACAUUGCAUAUAUACACAAAACGUAUUGCACACUAUACUUAUAUACCGUAUACACUGGGCAAAGGGGAUAGGCAUAUUAGGAGGCAAGAGCAAAGAGUAACCAAAAGCAGGGGUAACCUGUAUUCGUGUCCCUCCUCUUCACUACCCAAUUCUGUAGGCGAAUGAAAUGGCAUGAAAAGAGGUAAACGAAUAUCCAAACACUGAAAAGAGAUCUGCUCGAUCUAGUAAAGUAAGUAAAAAGUCGUCUCGCUGUUAUAAUCGCAUCAUAAUCAAUCAUCGUAACUAAACGCGCUGUAAUGGAGCGAAUUGCAGGCAGUGUGUGUGUGUUUGCGUGUUUGUGUGGGAAUUGAAGGAUAAACUAGGGCGGGAAAACGGAAGACUAGCUUGGUGGAGAGGACAGACACACGUGAACGAUAUAUUAUUAUGGCAUUAAAUAGUUAAGUAUUCCUUAUUGGCAAUAGCGUUUAGCGAAGUGUAUGAAACUUACCACCUUCUAUCGAGUGAAAAACGAAACAACAAACGGUAACGAAGCGCAUGGCCGUGGUGUGAUCGUGGUGUGUGCGUGGUAGUGGACGUCAGAUGGGAAGUGUGAUCCUCGAAUCAUGAGUGUCUCACAAACCUCUGCAUGUUACACUCACUCAUUCACUCACACAGUCACUCACUGAUCUAUUCGACAUCCAACAUCCAAAUAAAAUGGUGCGCAUAUAUUUAAACUGUUGAACUGAAUCAA